AUGGCCGCCCCUCUUCCCUCCCCCCUUCCCCGAGCCCGGCAGCUCCACCACCUCGUCGACUCCCGGCAAGAAAUGGCGGCCUCCCCCACCGCCCUCGCCCUCGCCCUCUCCCCCACCACGCGGGUGGUUGUCAGGCGGACGCCGGCGCCGCGCGUGGCCGCCGUCUCCCCCGGCCAGCUCCGCGCGAGCUCCUGGGGCGCGCCGCUCCCUCUCCGGCCGGAGCUCGCCGCGGCCCCUCCUCGACCCGGCGCCGCCCGCCGCAGGGCGCCUCUGCUCCGGCCUCGAGCAUGGCUGUCGACGUCCCAGAUCGCCAGCUCCGCCUUCACCCUGGGCACCGUCGCCGUGCUCCCCUUCUACACGCUCAUGAUCGCCGCCCCCAACGCCAACAUCACUAAGCGCACAGUGGAGAGCACCGCCCCCUACGUGGCCCUCGGCAUCCUCUACGCCUACUUGCUCUACCUCUCCUGGACCCCCGACACCAUCCGCGCCAUGUUCGCCAGCAAGUACUGGCUCCCGGAGUUGCCUGGCAUUGUGAGGAUGUUUGCGAGCGAGAUGACCGUCGCCUCCGCCUGGAUCCACCUCCUUGCCGUCGACCUCUUCGCCGCAAGACAGGUGUACCAUGAUGGCAUCAAGAACAACAUCGAGACCAGGCAUUCGGUUUCCCUGUGCCUGCUCUUCUGCCCCAUCGGGAUCGCCGCUCACGCGCUCACUAAGGUACUGGCGGGUUCCACAGGUCGAUCGCACUGACGACGACCACCAAUUACGUGUAGGCAGGCUCACCUUGUUUAGAUGGCUCAGAUUGUGAGAUUCAGAUAUAUGAAUAAAAUUGAUUUGAUGCACCAUUUGUCCCAUAUAGAUUUCAGAUUGAUUAUUUCCACUCGUUCUAUGGAAUUGGCCUGAGAAACUGAUUUGUAUGCUAUCUGAUUCCUGGUACGAAGAAAUGUACAACUAAUUUUAUCAGGUCUCACAUGAACACCGACACAAAUGUAAAGGAAUCAAACAUGUGAGAAAACAAAACAUUGCCUUGAA